AUGCCUUGUGGUGACCAACUCCAGUUCCAGGGGAUCAGAGAUGGUGCCUGCUGCUCCCCACCUGACCUAGAAGUGAUGGACUCAAGGUGCAGGCUGAGACAUAUAUUUUUGGACACCGUCAAUGUUAAUGACAAAGCCCAAAGGGUGGAUGAUAACACAACAGGAGGCCAGAGGUCUCUUGACUGGCAUCUCCAGGCUCUGGAAACAAGGCACAAGCCAGCAGUGAAGAAAUCACUUUUUAAAAUGAAGGACUUGCUGCUGAUGCUGUGCCUUCUGGGAACAAGUUUUGCAGUGCCAAUAAAACAGGUAUAUCCUCAACAAGCCGCAGCAACUGGCCUGGGGAGUUUAAGCCUCGAGACCAUGAGACAGCUGGGCAAUCUGAAUGGACUGAACCUACUUUCUCAGUUCUCUCGGUUUGGUUAUGGUAAACCAUUUACCUCUUUAUGGAUGCAUGGACUCCUUCCACCUCAUUCCUCCUUCCCAUGGAUGCAGCAAAGAGAACAUGAAACCCAACAGUAUGAAUACGCUUUGCCAGUCCACCCGCCUCCUCUACCGUCCCAGCAGACACUGCAGCCCCAAAAGUCAGGCCAGAAGUCUUUCCUCCAGUCCAGUCCAGCACCUGACGCCGCCCAGCACGGGGUACCUCAGCCUCCGCUGAAUCAGGAACAAAGCCACGUGCCGCCAGAAGACAAAGGAGCGGCCCAGCAGCUGGGGCUGCCCUUGGGCAACGCAGGGAGGCCCGAGGUCUCUGCAUGGUUUCUUUAUUCCAUCAAACGCCCAGAAAAACAAAGGCGCCUCAGACAAGCCUUUAAAACAUUCAUCUUCUCACUUCGAAUCCAGCGCUACCGUUGCCUCGGCGACACUUCCCGAGAGCCUCACUCUCGUAGGACGAACCAGACCAGAGUCGCAUGCCAGGGGCAGCCCGAAAACGGAGACUACCAGAAAUGGAUUUUGCAGGUCAACUGGCGUCAUCAAGAGCUAUGCCACACGAACACUUAUUCUGUUUUCUCCUCCGUAAAGAUGUUUCCUAUGGGACGUUUGAUCUCUCAAGGACCAGAGCAAAAAACGGAGAAAGCCCCAGUUGACCCAAGAAUGUUUUACAUAUCUUAUGGAGCAAACCGAUUGAAUGCCCCAGCAAGAUUUGGCUUACUAAGCUCUGAAGAAAUGAUGGGAGGAAGAGGUACCCCUAUGGGUUAUGGAGCCAUGUUUCCAGGAAUGAGGUCUGGCUUUGGAGGGAUGCCCCCAAACCCAGCCAUGGGAGGAGACUUCACGCUUGAACAUGACCAACCAACCGGAGGCAACAAACCCCCUGGUCUAGCAGAGGGUGGUGCCCAAGACUCCCCUGGGCCUAAAGGCAAUGCAGGCAAUCUGGAGAAGCCAGCUUUCCUUCCAGAAGAAAUCCCUUGGGCUCAGGGAGGGAUCCUGUCUUUUCCUAAGGGGAGCAUUUCUAGCUUGGGUGGAGGCCCAGCUGGGCAGAUCAAGGGAUUCCUCAGAGGCACUUCACCAACCCUUGAACCAGGCAUUACUCCAGGACCAUCCGAUAUUACUGAAACCUUUGGCACUGAUAUAACUACCCCCCUGGGCAUGCUAGAGGAAGGGCCUUUGGAUAUUACUAUAGAACCAGAUACCCACCAUACAUCAGUACAAGGGAAUGAGUCCCAGCAGCCACAGAUUAUGCAAGAUGUUUGGCAUUUCCAAGAACCCUGA